AUGCCCACGCGCCCACCUCCCCCCGCCCCCGCCUCCCCGGGCUGGGCGGGGGAAGGGGGACCUAGGAGCCCCAUCCCGCAGCUACGGAGCCCCCAGGGCACUGACACCGGUCCCCAGCUCUGUCCCUGCCGGAUGCUGAGGUACCCAGUCGCAGCGGAGCCUGGCGAGAAGACCUCCUCCAGGGGCCAGCCUGUCGGGAUCCCCUUGCUAGAGCAGGAACCCGAGGAGCCGCUGGGUCUGGGCCAGCUGCCCACGGAGCUGCUCGAGAUGGUGCUGAGCCACGUGCCCCCUCACGUGCUGCUCGGGCGCUGCCGCCGGGUGUGCCGGCGCUGGCGCGACCUGGUCGACUGCCAGGCCCUGUGGCUGAGCAUCCUGGCCCGGAAACACGCCGCCCUGUGGCCCAUCGUCAGCACCUGCCUGCCGGCCGCCGACGACCCCAGGCCCUGCGUCCUGGGCCGCUUCUGCGAGCGCAGACCCAUAGGACGCAACCUCCUCCGGAACCCCAGGGGCGAAGGUGGGGAGCCCAGGAAAGGGGUCCUCCUCAAGGGAGCCGGUGGGAGGGGCCGGAUGCGGGGGGCGCUUGGACUCCGUGGGUGGUUUCAAAAGAAGGAAGUGUUGGACCUGGAGGAGGAGGGUUUCUGGCCAGAACUCCUGGACAGUGGAAAGAUUGAGAUCUGUGUCUCUGCCCGACACUGGCUGGAGCUGAAGGGCAGGGGCAGCCAUGUGUUCUCCAACCUCAAGAAGGGCGUUCGCUUUGUGUCUUUUGAACAAUGGGUGUCGAACCUGGAGUUCGGGAACGAGCAAUAUGGAGUCCUUUUUACCAACUCCAGUGUGAUUGUGCGGGUCUGUCUGUCCUAG